AUGCGCGAGGCGCGUACGGAGAGCGAAGAGCCAUCUCUGCAAUGCCUGAUGCGAGUCAAAAAGGACAUCGCCGAAUUCAGAGCCCGACCGCCGUGCGGUGUCUUCAUCUUUCCGCAGGAAGACAACCUGACCAAGAUCCACGCCCUCGUCGUGGGCCCCUCUGACACGCCGUACGAUGGCGGGCUCUUCUACUUCUUCUUGAAGUGCCCCUCGACUUAUCCCGUGGAAUCGCCCAAGGUGCGCAUCAUGACGACGGACAACGGACGGGUCGAGUUCAACCCAAACCUCUACGCCAGCGGCAAGGUGUGCCUCAGCAUCCUCGGAACCUGGAUCGGACCACCGUGGAGCCCGGCGCAGACCAUCGAGAGCGUACUCGUCUCCAUCCAGUCGCUGCUCAACGAAAACCCUUUCACGAACGAGCCCGGCGCGGCAUUUUUGUCGCUGGUCAGCAAGUUCCUCGGCUACGAGAGCAACUACAAUGCGUCCCUGCAGCACGAGACCAUGAGAGUGGCAGUGUGUGACACUGUCGAAGCGUGCCUCAACGCCACUUCGCCUUGUCCACCAGUUCUGAGGGAGCAAGUCCUCAAAACUUUCUCGGAGUCGUACGAGAAGUACGAAAAGAUGGCCACGGAACGGCUAAACUUGACCGUAACUCCACUGCGUGAUCGAUUUUUUAACUAUCAAUGGAGUGUACUAUCGCGCUCAGUAUGA